AUUGACAAUGUGAGUCAAGCUUUGCAGCAUAGAACAGCUACGUACCUAUGCGACACAGUCGGGAUAACACCAAAAUUACGCAACAUUUUCUCCCAACAAUAGAAAAACACAAACCCAACGACGCAUGAAACAAAAAGACGAGAAGUCUUCCAUAAUUGAGAAUGGCGUCCUCAACGGUGAGCCCAUCCCCUUCCGGGGACCUCACUAGCCAGAUACUCCAAUCUCUCGACAAGUCCUCGCCGCUCCUGUCUGCCGAAGCCUUCCCAGCAGCUGGCUUUGUCGAGGUGAAGGCGGCCCUAGAUCGUUUAGCCUCACGCGACAUGGUCGUCUAUGAUACUAUAGAAAAGGAGGAGGCUAUACUAGAACCCGAGGGCGAGCAGAUCGCCGCCGAUGGUAGCCACGAGGCCCGCAUAUUCGAUGCCUUGCGUGCUGCUGUCGAUGGUCUCACCGUGCAGGACCUAGAGAAGACUAUCGGUGACAAAAAUGUUGUCAAGAUUGGUCAAGGAAGGGCAUUCAAGGAGAAGUGGAUAACCAAGACCAAAGAGGGCAAGUUCAAAGCCGCAAUGGACUCGAUACGAGAUGUUACCAAGGAGCAGUUGCAAACCAUUAAGGAGACACGGACAUAUCCAGACGCGAAACUACUUGCCGACUUAAAGAAGCGAAAGCUCAUCAGGAUGCAGAAGAUCAUCAGCUUCAAAAUCCACAAGGGUGCCAAAUUCGCUCUCAAAAUUCCCGAGGAAGCUACGGAUCUAACCGCCGACAUGAUUGCCACCGGCUCGUGGAAGACGGCCACAUUCAAGCCUUACAAUUUCAAGGCUUCGGGGGCAGAUCAGCACUCGGGUGCGUUGCAUCCGCUCAACAAGGUCCGUGCCGAAUUCAGGCAAAUAUUCUUCGAAAUGGGAUUUGAGGAGAUGCCUACUGACAAGUUCGUUGAAUCCGGCUUCUGGAAUUUCGAUGUCCUCUUUGUUCCACAGCAGCACCCAGCUCGUGACCUACAAGAUACCUUCUAUAUUUCUGACCCGGCAGCCGCCGAUAUACCGCGAGCAACAUCGUCCGAGGACGAGAAGGACUACGCUACCUAUUGGGAGAAUGUGAAGGCGGUUCAUCAGGAUGGCAAAUAUGGCUCGAUCGGUUACCGGUAUCCCUGGUCGGGUGAAGAGUCCUUACGGCUUGUACUACGUACCCACACGACAGCAAUCAGUGCAAACAUGCUACAUAAACUAGCAGCAAGGAAGGGACCAGAUGGGCGUCCACCUCCAGCCCGUUAUUUUUCCAUCGACAGAGUAUUCCGAAAUGAGAGCGUCGACGCAACGCAUCUUGCCGAGUUCCAUCAGGUCGAAGGGGUCAUUGCUGACAGAGACCUAACGUUGGGCGGACUCAUGGAAUUCAUGGAUAUAUUCUUUGGCAAGAUGGGCAUAACGGACCUCAAAUACAAGCCAGCAUACAACCCCUAUACUGAACCGAGCAUGGAGAUCUUCUCAUAUCACAAGGGCCUCGGAAAGCUUAUUGAGAUAGGAAACAGCGGAAUGUUCAGACCUGAAAUGCUGGAAGCAAUGGGUUUUCCAAAAGAUACACGCGUAUAUGGAUGGGGCCUUUCAUUGGAACGACCCACAAUGAUUAAGUACGGGAUCUCAAACAUUCGUGAGUUAUUAGGUCAUAAAGUAGAUCUGAAUUUCGUGCAAGGAAGCGCAGCUGUAAGGUUAGACAAGGAUUAAGUUUAAGUAGGUAAAGAAAAAAAUGUAAUUGCAAGUAUGUUAUUAAGUUCCGAGUUUUAAGGAAUUUUAUUCGAUUAUAAAAGUGAGUUAAGGUUAAUUAAUUAUAAGAAUUGAAAAUUAUUUUAAUAAGGAUAAAAAA